GAACACUUUUCUAUCACAUCUCAAUUGCCCAUCUAGAACUCAUCCUCUUAACAAAUAAGAUGUAUCUUUCAUACAUUUCUGUUCUGCUGUUAGCACCUCUUUCACUAGCGAGUCCUACCCCAAGCUCGAAUGCCAUCUCAAUCAACCAGCGUGAUGUCUCUACCCCCCUUGCAUCAAGAACUCAAUUGGUCAGUCAAAAGAUCAACAACGUUGUUGACGAGGGUCACAAAGUCACAGAAAUGUGUCAAAAGUACAAGGGUGGAGUUUUCGAAUCCAUCCACCUCUACAGGCAAUUCAAAACUUGCUAUAGUUCAGUUCAGUCGGCCGAAAAAGCUGCGAGUCAAUCAGAGUCUAUGAGCGAGGGUGAAAGUGCAAAUGUUGAAGCUGCUUUGCAACGCCUUACACCCGAAUUCUUAGAAAUCUCAGAAGCUCUUCAAAAACGUAAAGAUAUGAUUAGAAAUACCCGCUAUGCAUCUUACUUUACGUCAGAACUUCAGAAACUACAAAAGAAUGUAGAUGGCUUAUACAAUACUUGCCAGAAAAAGGUCACAACCUCCCAUCAACCGAAGAUCAAUGCACUCGGGAGUGAAGUAGAUGCGCAGUUCGAGAUUGUGAGGAAGGAACUUGCUGGAAAAUCUAAAGCUCGAAGAUCUCUUGAGUCUAGAUUGAAUAAUGAGGAAUAUGAAGGUUUUGUCAAGCGUUUCGAUUUGCCGGAUUUCUCAGAGUUCUCAGAUCUCUCGGAAGGUUUCUCGGAAGGCCUCGAAGGCCUGUCAGGUUCUUCAAAAGGCAUCCCAGGCCUUUCGGCUCUUGAAGGUCUCACAGAAGGUCUCCCAAUUGGCGGAAAGAAGAAUUAAUGUGUGGCUCGGCAUAGGUGCAUCUGGCUUUACAGAAUUGAAAAUGUAACGUCGAAUUUGACCUAAAGCUUUAGGGAUGUGGAGGCAAGAUAUUUGUAUUAAUUUUUAGAGAUUUGUCUACCUAGAAUAGCUCGGUUCAUUUACAAAAGUUAAUACUGCAACUGAUAAUGAUAAUACCUAAAUUACAUCCAAAUCCUCCA